CUUCCGGGUUCUGCUCAUCAAAAUGGAAACGGUUGCUACAAAAUAGCUUUAAAACCUCAUAUUUAUCAAGUUAUACAUUUUUAAAGUAUUAUAUUUGACUAUUUAAGGACUUUACAGUAAUAUUUAGCUGCUACUGUGAGAGCUGAAGUCACCGAAGAAACGAGUUUAUCUGCUGAAAGAAGAAAAUAUCUCCGUUGUUUGUUUAUUUUAAUACAGCAGCAACAUGCAUCGCAGAGGAGUUGGUGCAGGAGCUAUUGCUAAAAAGAAGCUGGCAGAGGCCAAAUAUAAAGAAAGAGGGAAUGUUCUUGCAGAGGAUCAAAUAGUUCAGAUGUCCAAACAGCUGGAGACCUUUAAGUCUCACCUGGAGGAGUUCGCCAGCAAACACAAACAGGAAAUACGCAAAAAUCCACAGUUCAGGGUUCAGUUUCAGGAGAUGUGUGCCACCAUCGGAGUCGACCCCCUCGCCUCUGGUAAAGGUUUCUGGUCUGAGAUGCUCGGAGUCGGUGACUUCUACUACGAGCUCGGUGUGCAGAUUAUUGAAGUGUGCCUCGCUCUCAAACACAGAAAUGGAGGUCUCAUUACUUUGGAUGAACUCCAUCAGAGAGUCCUGAAAGGAAGAGGGAAGUACGCUCAGGAUGUGAGCCAAGACGACUUGAUGAGAGCCAUAAAGAAGCUGAAGGUCAUGGGGAGCGGUUUUGGGAUGAUUCCCGUCGGCGGGUCUUACCUGGUGCAGUCGGUCCCAGCUGAGCUCAACAUGGAUCACACCGUCGUCCUGCAGCUGGCUGAGAAUAAGGGCUACGUCACCGUCAGUGAGAUCAAGGAGAGUCUUAAAUGGGAGAAGGAGCGAGCGUCUCACGUCCUGGAUCACUUGCUGAAGGAGGGUUUGGCUUGGUUGGACUCUCAGGCUGCAGGCGAGGCUCAGUACUGGCUGCCAGCGCUGUUCUCCGAGCUCACCUCCCGAGACGUCACACCGGAGGAAGCCAGUCAGAUGUCGCCUUGAA